UUUGGUACUUUAAACAUGAUUAAUGAUGUUUUAAUUGAAACUUGUGAUUGGUACAUAAUUACACCAGAUAUUAAUGCACUUUCCUAUAUUGAAGAAAAACAUUAUCGGAAAAUAAUUAAGACGAUGCAUCAGUUUCAUCCAGAAUUGAAUAGAUAUACCGGAGUUUAUAGGUGUUCUGAUAAUAUCAAUAAUUUCAAAAUAAGGGUCAAAAUCAAGGAAAUACCCGACAUAGCUCUAGCCGCAGAGUCAGACCUUACUGAAGGUUGGGAAAUCAAAGAAUUCAAAUGGCAACAAAAAAUUUUCAACAAUUUCGAAAAACAGUUUUACGGACAGGAAAAAAAUUGCAUCACCGAUGUGGAAAAACAAUAUCAUUCAAUAAUCAAGAAUUCGGUUACAUCACCGGACGACAAGAUGUUGUUUAGCUACGUCGAUAACGACAAUUUCGAUCAUACGAUUGAAAACGCUUCUUUAAUGAAAAGCAAAUUGAAAGUGAAACAAACUAAAGAAGACACUCUGGAAGAGAUUGUGGAUGUUAUAAAUGAAUUCGAUUACGAGUAUUUCUUGCAGCAGAGUUUGGACGAUCUUGGAAUAUCCGAGGAGAUUGUGAGCAUGUACAUCAUGGCAGAUGCGGGGGAAUACGUACAAGAAAACUGGAUAAAGUUUGAACACAUCAUAUGCGUUGUGAAAUAUGAUAGAGAAAGGAACGUUUUGAGAGUAUACCCGGACUUUUCAAAAGAUAUUCCGUAUCACCUACAAAUAGACAACGAUAUAUCGAGGAAUUUUUAUUUUUUCAUCGAGAACGCAUCUGAGAGUAUACCGGAAGACCUGUCGCAGAUAGAAGGCCAGAUUUUCAAGAAGAUCGCCGACUAUAGGAACUCAUUGAAGAAUAUUUCGCUCAGCACCGAUUUCGAACUGCCCUCUAGAAACAAAUUAGAAGUGCAUAUUUUUUUCGAGAUAGUUUCGGGAGAAGGCUUCGAGUACAACGACAUCUACGUCAAAUACUUUGUAGAGUUGCCUGACAAGUGGACUUGCAAAAAACCCGAAUCGCUAGAAGGGUCGACUCAAACUUGCAGAGCAAGAUAUGAAGGAGAGCUUUUGGUUUUUGGGCAUGUGUUCGACGUGGUGUUAGAAUAUGACAUCCAGGAUUUUGCUGUUGUGGGUUUUCCGGAGUACCCCUGCAUAUAUUUUGAGGUCAUUUCGAAGGGAACGUGGGAGAGAUACAGGUGCGAGGGUCUCACUUACCACUGUCUACCGAUAGCCAAACCUGGAAUAUACGAAUACCACCUUCCAUGCUUCCGUUUUUCAGAAGGGGUCAUUAGCGAACUGAGACGCUUCUUCAUAGGCGACUGUUCGAAUUACAGUGAUAUAACCUGGAUUGGGCUGCCAAAAUCCACGGAGGGUUCCGUAUUCAAUAAAUUUGGAAUUCGUACUGUAGGUACUGGUACUCUCAAUAUAAGGAUGAAUAUGAUUCAUCAAUCUCAAGCCUUCCUAACGAAGUACAACGAAACUGAAGUGAUUAAAAGCAAGGAAAAGUUUAUAUUCGAGAAGCUCAACUCUUCUUCUCUAGUCAAGAGUGUGGAACAAGUGUUAGAGGCUUUUAGGAGAGCGAGAAGGAAUAUGAUCGAAGCAAGACAGAAGUGAUGAAUAAUCAGUUAAAAUUUCUCAAAUGGAAUGCGAGUCAGUGGCGCCACCUGUUUCGAAGCGCGGUACUUCACGACCGUCCCUCGUAUAUGUAUAUAUUGUAUAAUUUUUCACCAAUAAAAGAUAGUUGAUCGAG